AUGCCUGCCACAGGUCAGGUGUUCACAGCAUUUUACAUCAGAGCAGCCGACAAGCCCCUCCGGGGAGUGACGUCCUCGGACUUGCCUACCGAGGGAACAAAUAGUCACUCCAUGGAGCUCACUUCCGCUUUUGCUUCUCACUUCGGUAAGGUUGAUUCAGUUCAUCCAGAAUGUGAAAUAAUUUCAGAGCUUUUGAAAGCAGAGACUCUUUGCUUAGAAAAACAGUACAAUGAAUCAUCCUUCAAAGAAAGGCACGUGUGCAAAACUGAAUGGGAUGGUCUACAAUGCUGGCCCAGAGUUGCAGUUGGUGAGGUCGUCAGUGUGACAUGUCCAGAUUUCUUUCGAUAUUUUACAGCUAAACAAGGACAUGUCUAUAGAAACUGCACACAACGGGGCUGGACCUACUCAUUCCCACCAUACCCUGACGCCUGUGACUUUGAUACUGACACAGACAUGGAACCAGAGAAUAUGAAAUUGUACUACUCAACAUUUCAACACAUCUACACUGCAGGUUAUUCCACGUCACUGGUUUCACUAAUAACAGCCAUUGUUGUUUUUGCUGUUUUCAGGAAGUUCCAUUGCACCAGGAAUUAUAUCCACAUGAACCUGUUUCUUUCAUUCAUCCUCCGAGCCAGUGCUGUUUUCAUAAAAGACGCUGUGCUCUUUGCAGAUGAAAACAUGGAUCACUGCACCAUGUCAACGGUUUCGUGUAAAGCUGCUGUUGUGUUCUUUCAAUUCAGCAUUCUGGCCAAUUUCUCCUGGUUACUGGUGGAAGGCAUGUACCUGCAGACACUUCUGGCACUAACGUUUGUUUCAGAGAAAAAAUAUUUCUGGCGGUACUUUUUGGUGGGAUGGGGUGCUCCAGUUACAGUAAUGACUACAUGGGUACUCACUAGGAUCUAUCAUGAUAACCAUGGAUGCUGGGAUGACAAUGAAGAUACCACAGUUUGGUGGAUCAUCAGGUGCCCAAUACUUUUUGCAGUUUUUGUCAACUUUGUUAUAUUUGUGAACGUUAUCAGAAUACUGAUACAGAAGCUGAAGACACCAGCUGUGGGAGGGAAUGAUUCAAGCCACUUCAUGAGGCUUGCAAAAUCAACUCUGCUUCUCAUUCCACUGCUUGGAGUUCACUAUAUUAUCUUCGCAUUCUUCCCAGAAAACACUGGAAUAGAUGCAAGAUUAUAUAUUGAGCUUGGAUUAGGCUCUUUUCAGGGUUUUUUUGUGGCUUUACUUUAUUGUUUCUUAAAUGGAGAGGUUCAGGCAGAACUGAAGAAACGUUUAGAAAGGUGGCAUGGCGAGGGAUAUUUGAGUUUUAAAAAGAAACACCGAACCUUGUCCUCAGACAGCAGCACUGUGAAUUUCGUGUCUCAGCUCACUGAACUUGAAAGACUUAGCCCUAAAAGAAGACCAUCUAGAUACCACAACUGUAUUUCCUCUGUGUGAUGUACAUUUGGUUGGCCACCUAAAGCCAUGUGCUAUGCCAUUUUUAAGGUAUUGCUUGUUUGGAGGACCAGAUGGUUCUGUGCAUUGGUAUGUGUCAUAUGAAGUCAGCAGUUCUUGACAAAAUUUGUGUUUAAAUGCUUUCUGGUGCUCCAAGUUCAGUUCCUAGUGGACACAUGUGCACAUAACAAAUUAUUUUGCAUAGUCUUAAGGUAAGGCUAAGGAAAAGCUUUAAAAAUAAUUAACAGAUCGAUUUUUUCCACUUUCUCACGAAUCAUUAUUAUUUUAAAUGUCUAAAGUAAAUUACCAGCAAUUUAUUAAGAUUGGGUCAUUUUAUAUGCAUUCUGGAACAAAAAAAAAGGUCAAAAUUCAGGGCAAAUAUGACUGUACAUUGAAUUUUGUUUUGUGGACAUUUGGAAAGAUGUACCUCAUUUGUUGUUGCAUAUACAUCCAAGAAAAACAUAAUAAUACACGUACGCUUUUUUACUCUUGUAUGACAUACAGACAAAAAAAGAAUAUGGUCACCUCUCACUUUUUAGCUUUAAAACAUCCUAUACAUCUGCUCUUUGAAACAAAACCAAAAAAUGCAUGUUUUCUGGAAAAUAUGAAGAUAUACCAAAUUAUAUGCAGUAAAAAGCACUCGUGAGUAAGGGUCAGUCAGCACACCGAUUUCCUACAAGAAAUGUAUAGGAAUUCAAAAAUGUUCUGUAUGUCUGUGUCGCUCAUGGUUACUCUGUUUUGGAAGCAUUGUUAGCCCAUUCGGUCUAUCAUUUUUUAACACUUUGUACACUUACAAUGCAGCAGAUUUCUGAGAACUCCCUGUUGUAGUGUUUUUUUCCCCCUAGUGUGUCUCUUUUUGCAUAUACGGUUUAUGAUCGCUCGUUGUGAUCACUUGAACUUCCUCUGCUAGUAUCGAGGACGUUUUUCUAAUGAGAUUAAAAAAAAAACAAAACAUUUGCGAGCAAACUUUCCUUCACUCAGGGCGCUGACAGCUUCUUCGCACGCGCUGUUAGAAAUGCCGUAAAUGAUACAAAACAUGACGCAAAACGGUACUGAUUCAUCAGGCACAUGUGACCUUUCCUUAGCCUACCUUAAGACAAUGGAUGUUUUUUGUAUGACAAAUGUAUUUUCCUGACUCUUUUUUUUUUCUUUUUGGCUUAAUAUUUACAUGUCUGUUAGUGUUGCUAGUAUUUGUGUUACAAAUUGUAUUCGGUGAUAAAAUGUAUCUUCCAAUAUAUUAUAUUUAUUCAUGUUUAGUUUACAACAUUCCUUAAAAAGGAAAAGCGUACAAUUCCAUGAACAGCUGUUAAGAAAUCCUUCUUUAUUCUAUUGUAAUUUGUGUAAGUAUUUUAGGGAAAUUAGCCAACUAACUGUUUUGUUAAAAUUGUUACAUAAGUGAAAAAACAAUAAUAAUAAAGUAGAAACGUGAGAAGAUUUUUUUUUGUGAAUAUAUAUUCAGUAUAUUUAUGAUUAAAUUAUAUUUUCCUCCUGUAGAAGUGAGUAUUAUUUUAAUAACUUGCUAUGGUGAUUCUGCAAUUGAUUCAUUUGUUUCCAAAAACAUGUUAUGAAUACAAGACUUUCCUAUUCCUGUAAUGUAAGAAGUAUUUACAUAAAUUACAUUGUGAUUUAUUUAUGUAGGUAUUUGUCAAUUUAACCAUGAUACUUGUAUUUAUUUGCAUUAUUAAUGUCAAAUUAAUCGCUAACUUGUAUUUUAUUUAUUUGUAUUAUUCAUUUUACCUUAUAAUCACAUUUUGACUGGAAAUGGGGGGAUAUUCUUUCAAUAUUAAAUGUUGGCAGAACAGACAAAGAAAACACCCACUCAAGACAAUUAACCACGGUUUUACAUGGGAUUUGGAAGCAUUUUGUAUUUAAAGUGGAAAUAUCCUCAUUCAGAUUAUAAAGCAAGUCAUUUA